AUGGCGUCCACAAUUACUACCUCAACCAGCACUGAACCGCGUGUCAUUACCGGUUGGAAGCGAGUCGCAUGGCCAGUCCUUCGUACACAGCCUCUAGAGAUGUCAGUUACAAGCCUACCUGCCUCUAUGAAAACGAUGUCCCAAGCCAUCCUUCAACGGGCCAAUACAAUCGCCGGAAAGCAUGGACUCCUGAAAGGCAUGGACGGCAUGACCCACUUCCAGAUGCGAGGUCAGAUACCGACAGUCCUGGUCGUUUCGCCCUGGUCUUUCGAAAAGACACCUAUCUGGGAGGCAGCCUUGAAAGAAAUGGUCACGAGCUUGACUGAGCUGACAAGGGCAUCGUCGAUCCGUGACGGUGCUAUCCACGUCGAAAUCAUUGCCCCGGAACUUACUAAGACGAUUUACUACACUUGCGUCAACAAUCCGCAUCUUAGUGCAUCCUGGGACUCUGUCCGUCCCAAGGUCCGUAAAUGCCUUGAGUCCUUUCAAGCGACCAAAGGAAACUGGAACACCAUUGCUCUUCUCCGAUACGGGGUGCUUCCAGAUCUCAAAGCCAAUCCUGCUACAAUAUACAUCUCGGUAGACGAUGAUUCGGACGAGACGGGCUGGAAUGAGGUCAUCGCCGAUAUCAAGAUGAUCCUUCAAGGGGAAGAAGGAUGGGGCCAUUUGAAUGUUCAUAUGGAGCAUAAUGAGAACUGGGGAAUGGGGAAUGUUUUCGACUAA